AUGGAUAACGAUACAAAGGAGUUUACUCUACCACCGGCUCCUCGGGGCUUAUGUUUUGAUCGUAAUGAUUUUGUCAAGACAUCUUUUUCAGUGGAUAAUUUCCUCACAGAUCAUAAAGAUGUAGCGUCUUUGGAAACUAUGCGUGAUGAUCUAGGUGUCUACCUAAAAGUCCUAAGACUGGCUAUGAUAGAGCUUAUUAACAAAGAUUAUGCAAAUUUUGUCAAUCUGUGUGCUACACUUAUUGGUUUUGACAAGGCAAUUAUAAAAGUUCAAGUGCCAUUAAGCCAGUUAAAUGAAGAAGUAUUGAGUGUCAAGCAAUGCCUUGAAGAUGCUAUGAAAGAAUUGUCACUAUGGCUCAAUCAAAGACAUGUUUUAUUAAAAAAGAAAAUGCUAUUAAAGUAUUAUAGCCAGACAAUUAACUGUUUGCUUACAUUAGAGAGCAUCUUAGUCGACAUGAAAGACAAAAAAUAUCAUGAGCAGAUAGUUAUUGCAGAUAGAGCUGCAAUGCAAUACAAUCAACUGACAUAUUCUAUAUCAAAGUGUGACAGUCUACUUAAAUCAGAACAGAAAAAGCAGUAUACAGAGGUUAGAGGAAAAUUAGUUCAAAAUUUAAAUGAUUUAUUGUUUCAAUUCUGGAAUGACAAUAGCGAAGAGUAUCUCCUCAGGACGUUGGUGACAUUAUCCACAUUAAAUAGAGUCAGUGAAACUGAAAUGCUGUUAAGAAAGGAAGCUGUGGCUCCAUUAUUGCAAGAUAUUAUAAACGAACCCGCUUUACAAAGAAGCAAGGAUGGAUUACAAGGAGUGUAUCAAAGGAUAUUAUCUUUAUUAGAUACUAAACUUAAAUUGCUUCUAGUUGUUACACAACAUUCCAAGUUAAUGGUACAUGCUAGGAAGUACAGGUUUUUAGUUAAUUGUUUUUGGUGUGAAGUUGAAAGUCGCCUUGAAGUCAACCUAGCUUCCAUUUUUGCACCUGGAAAUCCUCAAUUAUUCUACAGAAGAUAUUCUGAGAGCAUGUGUUUUAUAAAAAAAAUAGAAGAAUACUGUUCCACUAAAGAAAUGAUAAAGUUGUUGCAUGAAACUCCAGAAUAUAAGAGUUUUCUUCGGAGGUGGAAUUUGCCGGUUUAUUUUCAAAUUAGAUUUCAGGAAGUUGCAGGUGGUUUUGAAGGGUCUCUAAAAUCAAGUCCUGUCCUUCAAGAAAAUGACGGUUUUAUUUUACUAGAAACAUACAAUUGUUGGAAGGCCCUACAGGAUUGCUGGUCGGAUGGAAUAUAUAUAGAGGCAUUGUCUCAUAAGUUUUGGAAACUAUCACUUCAAUUAAUAUCAAGAUAUGCAACAUGGAUCACAAGUAUUUGUACACAGACCUCCAAACCUAAGAUAGAACCUACAGGACUGGACAAGACUCUCAUAGAAUACAGCAUUAGUUUCUUGAUUGACAGCGAAAGACUGUAUCAAAGAUUACCACAAUUCUUACAGAUGGUUGAAACCAAAAUGUUUAGUCAGAAAAGCAAAGAUUUGCUGAAACCGAGCCUCAAACCAUCACAGAAUCUGUUAAUAGGUUUGAAAACUAAAAUCCAUCAAUGUAUUGUAAAUGAGUUGUAUGAGUUUUUCAAUGUACAACUGAAACAAGUCAGUGAUAUACCAAGACUGUACAGGAAAACUAAUCGCAGUAUACCAACAAAACCAUGCACUUAUAUUGAAACAAUCGCCAAAAGUAUUAAAGAAUUUGAUGAUGAAGUGUCUACGAGAUUGGAGAAGGAAUUCUUAGUUAAUGUCUAUAAUGAUCUGUUUAAAAUCAUGACAGAUUCAUAUUAUAAAUAUGUAGAAGAUGUUUUAGUAUCGGUUCAUAAAACUGAAGAGUCAUUGAGAAGGUUGAAGCAAAUUCGGGAUAUAUCAUUUCAACAGACACAAGAAAAUACGGGAGUCACCGACGGUGACAAAAUUAGAUUACAACUAAAUGUAGAUGUUGUUUCGUAUAGCAAUCUGGCGCAGAGCCUUCAUGUAAAUAAUGUGCACAAACUAAGCCAAUUAACUUCAAUGGUAUCCAAUACUGUAAAAAAUAUAGCUAUUAAAUGA